GAGUGUUUGAGAAAGAGCAAAGAAACUCUGAAUAGCCUCGAGGGGGUUUUCCUCUGAAAGGGAAUGCUUUUCUCCACCCCCUCACAGACACCCUCUACUUCGAUCUCUCUCUCUCUCUCUUUCUCUGUCUCACUCCCAAACACUCAGAGUAGCCGUAGAAGCGAAACAGACUUAAAAGAAGAGAAAAAGAAUCAACGGGCAGCUCAACAAUUUGCGUCUCUCUGUGCCACACACUCAGACUUGGGGAAGGUCUGCGAAGAAUGGAACUGACUUUACUUACUUUUCAAACAAGGCAACUCACUGUCAUGUGGAUGUACUUCAGCCAACUUCUACUGCUGAUGAACUAAACAUGGCAAGUCCUUCUGCACAAAGCCAAAGGAGGCUGUCUGGAGAGGAUUAUCGGGACCAAAACAUGACAAAACCUUCUGCUUUGUAGAGGAGAAGCUCCUGCAAACAUGAACCCAGAGUCUCUGGACUCGUCCAUCCAGAGUGUGCUGUCGGCCCUCUUCCCACCGUUUGAGGCCACAGCGCCCAUCGUCCUCUGCCAGCUGUUUCGCACUAUUGAGGAACGUUAUCACGGUGAUGCUCUGCAGUGUUUACUGGACUUCCUAAUUCCUUCCAAACAUGUGCUGGAAAGUGUCCAACAGGCAGCAUGUGCUGGAUACUCUGAUGUGGUUUUCCGCUGUGAGGGCUGGCCUCUGUGUCUCCAUGACAAAACGGUCAUCCAGUUAGCGCCCGUUAACCCCUUGCUGUUGCGUCCUGGAGACUUCUAUCUUCAAGUGGAGCCUUUUGGGGAACAAGCGGCACGCAUCGUCCUCAAAUGUCUUCUGGAGGAAGGGUGUCGAGAAGUGGAGGAGACCCCCAUCCCUGAAACGUCUUAUCCCUGCAUCUUCACCGAAGACUGGCUGCGGGACAUCAACGAAGGACGUGACGGAACUCCUUUGUCACGGUGUUUGCUUUGCACGGACCAAGGUGUAAUUAAGUUGCCGUGGGCCAAAAUCGCGAUCCCGGAGUUUUUAGACAAGCCUAAGAUCAUGCCCACCUGUCAGAAAUCUCGCCCUGAGCCAAAGCAGAUUUCAGUUCCCGUCCACUUCAACUCCUCCACCCUACCAGUUGAAGCCACGAUUCUUUCAGCAAAUGACAGGAUGUCAGCAUCUUUAAGACCCGCAGCCUGUUCUUCCAAACUUGUCAAAAUGGAAGAUAAAAGAGGGGCCCCGAAAUCCUGCUCCAAACCAUUAAUCAAGCCGGUGGGUUGGGUUUCUCCUAAUACCUGGGACAGUCAUAACUAUCAAGAGAUUGAGGGUGAUUAUGUAGACCUGGUGGAUAUCGACAAAGGGAAAGAGCUUGUGGAUAAACAGAGAGACAGGCUUCCAAAUCCAACCAAUUCAGUUUUGUUCAAACCUGUCAGACCACCCCCACCUGUACCGCUUGGGAAUAGCGUUCCUUGCGGACGCACGCUUCAAUAUACAGAGGAGCGUUUUACACCAUGCAGCCAGGAGAAUCUGGGGCAGGAACUCACUGAUGAAGACUUGAAGUGCAGGUACAGAGAUUCAUACCUGGCGGCACUGACAAAUCCAGUGCCUUUUGAGAAAGGGAGUGUCGACCUCCUGGCUGCCUUGGAGGAGGUCGGCCUGACUGAAGAUGGGGAGUUAAAAUCUAAGGCUAAAAUUGGUGCUCAAAAAGACCAAGUAGGAAACGAUUGUAACCACUCUAAGGAACCUGUGUUUGGUAAUGAGCCCUUCCCUUGCAAACGCUGCCAUGAGCCAACACCAGCAAACUUUAAGCCCCACCUUUCUAGUAAAUGUGAGCCGGAAAACCUCAUGAAGGAGUCGCCCAUAAUUUUGAAAUCAACCCCUGGUUUGAGCCAAAGUCAGAGAGUUCAGACAAAACUUAUUUCCCACCCAUCAGGACAUAGUGCUUUUAUGCACCCAGUAUCAGAUGUGUCCUCGGGGACCCCUGAUGGUGACCUGGAGUCGCACCAGAGGGGGAAGGAUGUGAAACCAUCAGGCAAACACAAAGUUAAAGUGAGGUCUUUGUCCGCUGUCUCAGAAACUCCUACAGGGAGGCCACUUCUCUAUAAGCUCAACAACAGGAGCCAUAGUGAUAUUUGCCCUGAAACAGUCACGAACUUAAUGCACUGUAAGAAAGAAGUUCAACUUGAUGAGGAAACUCUGAAACUGGAAACAGAGAAGUGUCUAAAAAAAGAUUCCCAGCCGAACAGAAGUGAGGCUUUGUCCACUGCAGAGGGACCGGGUACCAAACUCCACAACUUAAAGACAGAAAGCAUAUCCUCUUCUGACACUCAGCAUCCCUCGCAAACUGAAGAGUCAGCUUUCAGGAGGAUCAGUGGCUUGCUUGAACUGGGGAUCGUGUGUUUACCAGGCAGCAGGGACAAGACUGGCAGGGCGGUUGUGGAGGUCCAUGGUGAGAGGAUGGGUUGGACGUCCCCUCUUGUGUCAGCACAGAGCAUUUGCGAAUUACUGCUCUACUUACAUUCUAUACCAAGGAAAGAUGUUCGAGAGCUGGGAAUGACUUUGGUCAUCAAUGCCAGGAAGAAGCCGCCCCCUCUUCACCUCUACAAGGCUCUAUUGAUGGCCCAGGAGCAAGCUCUCCAUGCUGUCCACAGUAUCGUCAUGCUGAUGGAUAAAGACACUUGUCCACGCCCCGAAAAACAGCCUGGUCUGCAGAUGGAUUUGGUGACCACUAUGAAAGCCCUAAACAAGACAGUGGAAGCUUCCCAGCUAACCUCUGAUUUUGGAGGUACCUUCACUUACAGUCACACCGAGUGGCUGCAGUUCCGUCAGAGGCUGGUUUCAUUUAUGACUGACCUGCGAGGGGCUGACAGUUUGUUGCAAAAGGCCAUUAAGAGGGUGGAUAACAGAAACCAAAUGGACACAGCUCAGGAAGUGCAGCAAUGCAUUGAAGAGCAGAGGAUUUCAAUGAAAGAGAUGCUGGAAGAUGCUAGACUGGUGACUUUGCAAAGGGAAGGAGGGGCUUUUCUGGCCAGGAUGAAGAAAGAAGAGUUCAGAUUUCCACAGUCUGAGGACUACAGAGACGCUUUGGAGUCUGUGACAAGUCUCUAUAACCAAGUGGAGGAGAAGCUCCACACACUGGUGAUGAGAUCAAACGAGUCCCUGCAACAGCUGGAGUUCCUUUUCAGGCUUCGAGAGAUGGAGGCCAAAAUCAGCACGGCUGGGAUGUGGUUCAACACAGAAGGUGAACAGAGACUGAAGGACUCUUACCCAACUGAUGAUACCCAGGCGUGCACUGAAAAGGAUUUGGAGCACUUCCACGUGUUUCUUACUCAGUCUAAGGAAAAACAGCAGAACGCCUUGAUCCUAGCUGCAGAGGCAGAGGCUGUUUUUGAGUCCAGCGACAGCAGCCCUGCAAGAGAUGUUUUUCAAACUCUCGUCAACACUUUCAGAUCUAAUGUAGAAGACUUCAUGCUGCGUGCAGAACAGAGAUACAAAGAACUGGACGCGCUUGUGCACGUUUACGCCUUUUGUGAAAAGGCAUCUGCCCUAGCCAAAGAAUGCAGUCAUUCUUUGGAGCAGGUAGAGCAGGGGUGUUACCCAGCUCAGACUUUAAGUACACUCCAAAUGUAUGAGCAGAGAUUAGGUGGUGAAUUCUCCACCCCUCACUUCCAGGCUGUGAAAGCUAAAGCCUGCGCCUUGGGAUCAGGGGCUUCAGCAGCAAUGAGAGUGUGGAAUGCAGCUUGGGCCCAGUGCCGAGAAGUCAGGCAGCAUCUUAAGGAGAUGCAGAAGAAGAAAAAAAACAUAGAUAAGAACCAGAUCCAGAAGACCACAGCUGCAAAGUCUCCAGGGGAACAUGGAGAAAUGGAGAAAGAGGGGAAAGGGAGUGUGAUAGCAGAGGCAGAACAUUCCUUGACCCCACAGCUUAGCACCAGUGUUGCGCGCCUCAACUGCAACGACUUCAAAGAGAGCAAAAACAAAGAGUCUAAAGAGCUGCAUUUACCAGAAAUACCUGAUAAAAAUGGGGAAAAUACUUCUGAUUUCUCUCUAAACACUGACUCCCGCCAAGAGAGCAAGUUGAGGCCAAGAGAGCAUCACAGUGAGACAGAUCUAAGAGACGUAAACUCAACAAAAGGGAGUGAGGACUUUCCUUCACACCAACCUUUGAGUCGAUCCCUAAGCGAAGGCUCACAUGUCUGCUCUUAUCUGACGAGCAUUCCUGGCUUUUCACCUUUAAAUGUGAGUCACAAGCACUGUCAUAGUAGGACACAGUCACUGGAACAAAAUCAGCAGUCCAUCCAAAAUCGGCCUUUUCCCCAUAACAAGAGACUACGGCCAGGAAACCUGAUCAGCAAAUCGCCAAGAGACAGCAAUGAAGGGAAGGGUGAAGGAUGUAUAGACUCCACCCGGGACCCUGAAGAUGUCAGGACUCCAGAGACAUUACUCACACCAACAGAAAUCAAUGGCUGCAAUGUUUUAAAAGUACGGAGGAUCAUGGUGGAGCUACUGUCCACAGAGAGGGAGUAUGUGAAGGCUCUGGGUUAUGUUCGAGAGCACUACUUCCCUGAGCUGGAGAGGGCAGAUGUCCCUCAGGAUCUCAGGGGCCAGAGGGGGAGCAUCUUUGGUAACUUAGAAAAGCUCCACGACUUCCACCGACAUUACUUCCUGAAUGAGCUGGAGGGCUGUGUGAAUGAACCCUUCAGAAUAGGACGCUGCUUUCUACGUCACAGAGAAAGCUUUGCCUUGUAUGCCCUUUACAGCAAGAACAAGCCCCAGUCUGACAGUCUCCUCAUCAAUCACGGGCAGGCCUUUUUCAAGCAAAAGCAGCUGAAGCUGGGGGAUAAAAUGGACUUAUGGUCGUACCUGUUGAAGCCUGUGCAGCGCAUUAGUAAGUACAGCUUGCUGCUGCAGGACAUGGUGAGGGAGUGCGAUCCGGGACAAAUCAGAGAGAUAGCCGAGCUAAAGGCAGCCCUUGAGGUCAUCCACUUCCAGCUUCGCCAUGGCAACAACUUGCUGGCCAUGGAUGCCAUUCACCACUGUGAUGUUAAUCUAAAGGAGCAAGGGCAGCUGAUUCGUCAGGAUGAGUUUUUGGUAACUUUUAGGAAGAAAAAAUGUUUCCGUCACAUUUUUCUUUUUCAAGAACUCAUCCUCUUUAGCAAGACAAGAAAGACUGACAUUGGAAAUGACACAUACAUCUACAAACAGUCAUUCAAGACCUCUGACAUAGGGAUGACACAAAACACCGGUGACACCGGUUUGUGUUUUGAGAUCUGGUUCAGAAAGAGGAAAAGUCAGGACACAUACACUCUGCAAGCAGCCAGCCGUGAAGUGAAGGAGGCCUGGGCCAGGGACCUGGAACGGAUACUCUGGGAACAGGCUAUACACAACAGAGAGGUUCGUUUGCAGGAGCGAGUGUUUCUGGGAAUUGGAAACAAGCCUUUUAUGGACAUUCAGCCCAGUGAGGCAGCUAUCAAUGAUCGAGCCAUCGACUAUGUGCUGAUGGGGAGAGAAAACAGAGGCCUGUUCUCUGUGGGAUCAUGUGCCUCACGGGACGAGCUUCCAGGAGGGCGGCCAAAGUCCGCCGGUUCAAGGAGCAGCUCUUCUUCCUCCUCGUCCUCUGGACGGGGCUCCCUCUCCCCUGUGGGGUACUUGUGUGGACCAAAGCAGAAGGUGACUGCAGGGGUCCUUGGACGAUAUGCAUCGCCUCCAGGAGCCCUGGAGGAGGACGAUCUUGACCAUGAGAGUGGAAGUCAGCAUUUAUUGUUGGACAGCUCGGAGUCAUCAGGCGAGAGCGUAAGCGGCUUCAGCAGUUCCAGUCACAGCUACCACUCUGCUAUCGGAGGAGAGGUGGAGGACCACUCCCCCGUAAUCACUGUUAAGGAGUCAGUGAUUGCUCAGCCAACUGAGGCUUCCAGCAUUCUUGCAGGAACCACGAAAAAAACCCAGCCACCAGUUCCACCCAAACCCAAGCACAAACCAAAAGAUCAGAGCAAGAAUCUGCCCGGCAGCAAGGUACAGAGCACCGCUUUUGGAAAGUCCACUGAUGUUUGAGCGCUAAGAUAUAUAUAAGAUGUCUAAGCAGCCUGCGACAAGAGUCUGUUUGUGCCCGCUACCAAAGCAGACAUCACUUUAUUCCAGCUGUUACUGUAAUGUUAUACAACUCUGUAAAUAAAGCUUCUUUUGAUAUCACCACUAAAACCGUAGAUCAAGAAAUCAUCUGUGUUUUAUUCUCACUAUAAAUGGUGAUUAAUGUCAUUUUGAAAUACGUGGCUUUUUUUGCACUAUGUAUUAGGUUAGUUUUAUAUCUUAAGCUGCAGUCUAUGUGUACUUGCUAUUCAUAAUACAACGUGAAAUUAUUGUGUACUCUGAAAUGUGGAUUUUAUCAUUGUUAAAUAAAAACAUAACAUAUUG